ACAACGUCGCAGCGCACAUCGAGUAAUAGUCUAUCUCAAGUGAGCGUGUGCACGCAUCCGAACUGUCAGUUUAAGCGGUACCAAACAGUCGACCAGUUCAUUUUUCACCAAAAAAACUGUUAAAAAAACAGUUUUUCGUUUGGAUUACUUUUAUUUACCGAAUUUCGCGGACACUUGGCCGAUCAUCAGGAUGCUGCUGCAAGGCUACAACGACCCUCCAGGACGACAAAUGCAACGUCCUGCAGGAAUCCUGGACUCCCCCACGUUGGCUCGGGUCGAAAGGGCUAUGUUGAGACAUGAAGAAGGGACUAAUAGAGAAGGACAAGAUGUAUUGAGGGCCCAAUAUACACAGUCGCUUCUUCCCAGUUUUGGAAAGGAGUCAGCACAUGUGAUAAAAAGAGGGCUGAUGUGGCAACAACGCGACAGAUUAUUCAGCAGAUGGAAGGAGCGAUAUUUCAUCCUCACUAGAGACUAUUUGCACGUAUUUAGAAGGGCUUCAGGAUCAGAUCGAAUUUCUGAGAUGGGGCAAUUCCUCUUCAAAGUUAAGCUCAUCGAUAUCGUCAAAAUCGAAUGGGAGAAUAAAAAAUCUUAUAGUACAGUUGCCUUAGUUCUUGGUAGGGAUGGAAAGAUUUACCUAAGGUCAUCUGAGGGGCUCGAAGACUGGUUUGAAUUGCUAGAAGAAUGUAUGUUCACUAGUAAGGAGAGAAGAAAAGCACUGAGGUAUUCCCAUAACGACAAUAACAAACCGAGAGACAACAAUAAUAUACCGAACUUGGAUGAAUGGAUUGCUUCUCGUCAAAAAAUUGAUUUAGGACGAUUAGUAACUGCAAGUAUGAACUCAAGACAAGAAACAACAGUACGAAGGCGAUACAGGCCACAAACAGAAGACGAUGACUGGAUACCUCCCUCAUUGGAUAAUAGACUUUCUCUUUUGACUGACAUCGACAUUAGCACAUACGACGAUAGUACCAUAGGAACUCCUUCUGUGACGUCAUACAGACUGAGCGACGACGUUUUUUGUGUACAACCCCCAUCACUGAGAGCUAUGGGAUCGUUUAGGUCGUCCAGAGAAACUGGGGCGAUAUCGAAGAGAAAUGACAACGGCAAUAUUCCUGAUACCAAAUAUUUUAAAUUCAGGGAACGUUCGUACAGCGACAUCCAACGGGUCUAAAAUAUUCAACACAUUCUCACACAUUGUUGAACUAGUCAUUUCCAAAGUUAUAUGUGGUCAACUCAUACCAAAUGGGAUUAUAUGUGAAUCGAAAUAGUAAAAUAGUGAAUUUUUUAUUGUAAUGGUAGGAAGCAAUCGUACCUAAUAAAAAACUAUGCAUUUAUUAUAGAAAAAUACGUAUCGUCUGUAUCUUUUAACUUUUAAAUACGUUUUUAAACUUUAUUUGGGAAUGUUUUUCAGUUGUGUAUAUUUUAUUAUAAUAUAUUCUAUUAAUCUCCAAUUUCAUCACAUAAUCCGUAUAAAAACACAACAACGAUAUCCACAAAUUUAACUAUUUUAGAUUUAUUUUUGUUCGAUACAAUAAAAAUUAUUUUUAAAUUUGUUCAGUCACGUCCAUGGUCAUUAUAUUUUAUGCCUUUUUAAAACUAACAAUUAAACAUAUUCAUUUACUGUCCAAGUGCCGUUUCCCAUUCGUUUGAGCAAUGACUUUCUUACAGAAAAAAUUUCUUGGUUACUAAAAUUUUAAUUUUGUUUUGUCGUGUAACAUAUUCACACUUGACUUACAAAUAUUUGGAAUUAGAACACAUUCACAGUUCUAAUGUCACUAUUAAUAACAUUUUACUAGUACAUAAAACAGCUAUAGUUUCCCAUCAACAACAAUCUCGAUAAUAUUUGUUUUAAGUAGGAAUACAAAAUUUUUAAAAAUAUGAUAAGUAAAAUUAUAGAUUAUUUUGAUUGAUAUUGAUAGAAAAAAUUACAAUUAUUUAAUAACUUUUUGUUUUUAAUUAUUCUUUACGAAGAAUAAAUUUAUUUGCAAUUCAGUAAAAAUCCAUCUUUGGUACGAUUGUUUCUUUGGCGAUAUGUAUCUAUGUAUUUCUGUUAUUUUUGUGUUUUGUGUACUGUUUGCAAUAUCAGUCAACUCACGCUAUUUAUACAUAAUUAUUACCGAAUGUACGACAAUCUGUAAUUGUACUGUACUUGCAAUAUUGUAAUUGUAGAUUUAGAAAAUUUUAUACAUAUUUAUAGAACGAUUAAUAAAAUGGUAAAAUAACAGUAAAUUAUGUUUUUCUUUCACAGACUAUGUUUAAC